GACUGAGCGGCGGUCAUAUUUUGUACCGCUAUGCGGUACAUCUAGUUGAUGUAGAAUCACAUGGCACUGCCUCAUGCUAGUACGAAAAAAACAUGUAGCUUUUGUCUUUAGUUCUUGCAAUGUUCCUUUCCCAGGAGGACACAGUUAAAAUCCUACCGUCCAUGAGAAUGACCAGUAUUUUUUUUUUACUAUUAUUUUUUUUAAUUAAAUUAAGUUUAGAAAUAUAACUGUCAUAGAGAUUUAAACAAGGGAAGGUUGGACAUAAAAAAGGGAUUUACAUUUUUUUAUUGGAUUUAUCAGUUCAUCAAUGUAUUCUGAGACCAUGUCCAUUUCACUAUUUGUAUUUAAAUACUGCUCUAUUUGUUGACCCAGCACAAAGCUUUUCACUAUUAAUUGCAUCACUUCUGUCCAGGGAAAGUCCGAUUUUGCAAUAGAGGCCGAUGGCAAAACAAGCGAUUGUGUUGGACACUCAUUGUAAAAAUCAAGGAAGUGAGACUGGCAAGAGGAUAGACGUCCGGAAAUCUUGGUCAUUUUUACUAUGUUGCUUAGACAACCUCAGCCAUAUCAGUGAGACCUCAAUCACAAUCUCUCUCUCAAACACAAACAGGAAGCAGAACAGUUUUUCCAGGUAGAGCGCAGACAAAAAAUUGGAAGGAAUGUUGUUUUUUAGGAUAGCCCUUUUCAUACUGCUCCAUGGAUUUCAAGGUGGAAACAGUCUCUGGACAGUAUCCAAGGUGGCAGUGCAGAAGGGGGGUUCUAUCACUAUCCCAUGUCACUACCACAGGACGUACCGGACUAAUGUGAAGUACUGGUGCAAGGGCCGCAGUUGGGUUUUCUGUAGAGAGAUUGCCCGCACCACCUCAAAAUCCAGGACAGAGGGGGUGUUCAUUACAGACUAUCCAUCUGAGCAGGUUUUCACCGUAACAAAAACAAACCUUGAUGUGAAGGACACUGACCGCUACUGGUGUGCCAUUAAAAUGAGUGGGUUCAGCUCUCAGACUCUCAGAACGUCUCUGGAGCUUCAGGUGACUGAAGAUCCUCCAGAUUUGUUUGUGAUGGAUAACAGGGUGUCUGUUGAAGAGGGAGGCAAUGUGAGCAUCCCCUGUUUGUACCGUGACAGACUAAAGAGUGCUGAGAAGAAGUGGUGUGAGAGUGGAAAUCUCCACUCCUGUCGGUCAGCCACAUCGCCACCCGAGGAGCCAUCUGUCACAAUCUCUGAUGACGGCAGCGGAGUUUUUACGGUAACUCUGAUGAAACUGGAGAGGAAGGAUAUAGGCUGGUACUGGUGUUCUGCUGGUGACAUACAGGCCCCUGUGCAUAUUAACGUAACAGAAAAACUGGACAGAUUUCACAACAUUACAGUUACAACAUCUGGUGGGGUUUUAGCUUCCUCGUGGGCCCCAGGCGGACAAACUACCCGUGGGCCAACAUCAGAAAUCACUGCCCCUAAGACAACAUUUCACUCUCUGCUGACACAUAAUCCACAAGGAAAGACAUCUACAACAACUGCAGUCACGGACACUUCGGGUCAAUCAACCAAAUAUGACCUGACAUCUUCUGCAGUACUGACCAGCACAAUCUCAACUACUUCAGCAAAUGGGGAGACGUCAGACACAUAUUCAGCUACAGUAACACCAACAGACGUUGCCCCAAAAUGUGCAUUUAAUAAUACGUGUUCGACUGUGCCUUUAAACACCACAGAGGAUACCACAAUCUACAAUAGGCAUCUGAUUUGGCAGUCAGCUGCGAUUGUCACGGGCAUAGUGAUGGCAGUGGUGAUUAUUGUUGGGGCCUCCUUCAAUUAUUGGCGUCAUCACAAGCGACGUCACAUCAGAAUAGAACUGGAUGACAUGACACAACAGUUUAAUAUGGAGGAGGAUUUGGUGGACGACGUUGGAAAUGACUGGCCUCGCUCGUGUCUUCUGUACCAUAGUGAAGACCCUGAAAGUGAGGGAGCACUGUAGCUGAAUACAGUCCAUCUGCCAUUCUCUUUAUUUGAGUAUGGGAUAGUGUUUGGUCUAACUUAUUUUAUCAUGAAAUGUUAUUUUGAAAAUAAAACAAUAUAUAUUUGGGCCAAUUUG